GCUUUCAGAGAUGCCCAAGUGGUAAAAGACAUGGCAACAGGAAAGUCUAAGGGAUAUGGCUUUGUCUCCUUUUUCAACAGAUGGGAUGCUGAAAACUCCAUUCAACAGAUGGGUGGCCAGUGGCUUGGUGGAAGACAAAUCAGAACUAACUGGGCAACCCGAAAGCCUCCAGGUCCAAAGAGUACAUAUGAGUCGAACACCAAACAGCUAUCAUAUGAUGAGGUCGUAAAUCAGUCUAGUCCAAGCAACCGUACUGUAUAUGGUGGAGGUGUCACUUCUGGGCUAAAAGAACAACUAAUGCGUCAGACUUUUUCGCCAUUUGGACAAAUAAUGGAAAUUCGAGUCUUUCCAGAUAAAGGAUAUUCUUUUGUUUGGUUCAAUUCCCAUGAAAGUGCAGCACAUGCAGUUGUUUCUGUUAAUGGAACUACCAUUGAAGGCCAUGUUGUGAAAUGCUACUGGGGCAAAGAAACUCUUGAUAUGAUAAAUCCCAUGCAACAGCAGAAUCAAAUUGGAUAUCCACAAGCUUACGGCCAGUGGGGCCAGUGGUAUGGGAAUGCACAACAAAUUGGCCAAUAUAUGCCUAAUGGUUGGCAAGUACCCACAUAUGGAAUGUAUGGCCAGCUAUGGAACCAGCAGGGAUUUAAACAGUCUUCUGCACCGUGGAUGGGACCAAAUUAUGGAGUGCAGCCGCCUCCAGGACAGAAUGGCAGCAUGAUGCCUAAUCAGCCUGCAGGGUAUCAAGUUGCAGGGUAUGAAACCCAGUGAAAAAGGACUCCAGAACCUAAAGCCAGUGGCUUAAGGCUACAGGGAGUGUAGUAAAGCCGUUGUUUACUUAAAGAUUUAUCAAAUCAGUCAGUGCAAAUGUCAGAUACAAUGUAUUUAUUUAAAAGAUUCAUUUUUUAAUCAUGAAAUUACCAUCCACAUUAUUUUAAAAAGAAACAAUAUGCUGGAUGUCUGCCAAUUUUUGCCUUCAUUACCUUUUUUGAUAAAGUUUCUCACAUCCUUGUUUCAAAUACAAAUGCAGGGAUUGCU